AACUGGCAGCUUAGCAUUGAGCACGUUCAAGCAUUUUCAAAAAUUAAAAAUAUAAAGUUUUUGUUCAGUAAAUCACAGCCCAAGCAAAUACAACAAUAAAAACAUGACAAAACUGCGCGCCUUUGUGUUGCUAGUUUUCUGCAGCCUGUAUGUGCUGAGUGCGGCGCAACGGAGCUAUAUUUUGCAUAAAUCCUGCCCCGACCAUGAGACCUACACACCUUGCGGUGCAUCCUGUCAAACCGAAUGCGCCACACUCAACGAACCGUGUUUAAUACGUAAUUUUCGUUGCCCUGACGGUUGUUAUUGCGAUGAGGGAUAUGCACGUGAUGCCAAGGGUGCUUGUAUACCGCAAGCAGAGUGUCCACCAAAGCAAUAAAGAGUUUAAUAUGAUUAUAUGGAAAUAAAAUUAUACAAAACAUUGAAAAAAGAACAAAGAAAUUUUCAUUUCUAAUAUUUGCUCAUAUAAGAAAAAGAUGAAAUCAGCCUAUUUGUUUCUCAUAUACGCAAG